CAAAGCCCUGCCUUGAAGUCACCGGCAUUCGAUUUUGAUUGUAACCCGAAACCAAACCCACUGAUCCAUUUUUUACCUCAUUCUACGCAGACAAGUUUUCUACUUUUCAAAGCUUGGAAUUUUCCUUUCUAGUCACCCUCUGUUCCCUCAGUCAAGUCAACUCUGAAAUCCAAACCGUCCAUCUCAAAGACCUCUCGACAUUUCCACCAAUCUGGUGCUCAAAGAUCUGACCUUUACGGCUGCCCAUCUCGCCAUUUCUUCGUAAGAGAACCAAUCACCCAUAAACCCUCAUCUCAUUCCCACUUUGAUUCUGUAAGCUUUGAUUUUUACUUGGCGUUUCGAGUAGAUCAAGUUCUGGGUUGGUUCAAUCUCAGCACAAGCAGACUGUUUUGGAGGUUUUUGCUACUUACCCUUUUGCUAGUUUGAUCUCUUCUCAAUUGGGUUGGUCUCGUUUUUGAAGUUUGAACUCAAAGCUUUGAUCUUUCCCUUUAUCUGGGUUUGUUUGUUCUCCCUGUGAAAUAGCUAUGAAUACUGUGACUGUAACUGUUGUAUGAAACGUGUUUUGCCUGUUGUUGAUUCCAUGGCUUAUAGUAGUACUAGUAAGAAGCACCGUCUGAAAGACGAUGCCUCUUUCCGGCGUUUCGUGCCACUUGUUUCGAUUACAUGUUUAGGAGUUUUCCUGCUGAUCUUCCUGUUAAGAAUGAAUUCAAGUUCGAAUUUUGUGGUACCGUUUUCGGAUGAGUUUGAUGAGGUGUUGUUAAGGAGUUACAAUCGAUCACUUAUUAGCCGAAAACUUAACCUUCCAAAGCAGAAUGAAUUUUCAAUUGAGUUGGAGAAGAGAAAUCAGAUGCCUCCUAGAAAUUUAGAUCUGUAUCCGAGUCUAGCCAAGUAUCAUAUAACUGUUGUUCUUUAUGUACACAACCGGCCACAAUAUCUGAAAGUAGCUGUUGAUAGUAUAUCUCAGGUUGUAGGAAUCAAUGAGACUUUACUGAUAGUUAGCCAUGAUGGGUACUUUGAGGAAAUGAAUAAGAUUGUUGAGGAUAUUAGGUUUUGCCAAGUCAAGCAGAUAUUUGCCCCUUUCUCACCACAUGUCUUUCCCAGUGGCUUUCCGGGAGUGUCACCUGGGGAUUGUAAGGAUAAGGAUGAUGGUGCGGAGAAGCACUGUAAAGGGACUCCUGAUCAGUAUGGGAACCAUCGGUCGCCAAAGAUUGUGUCCUUGAAGCAUCAUUGGUGGUGGAUGAUGAACACGGUGUGGGAUGGAUUGAAUGAGACUAGGAAUCACAAUGGUCAUAUUCUUUUCAUAGAGGAAGACCACUUUCUGUAUCCCAAUGCCUAUCAGAACUUGAAGAUACUGACAGCACUGAAGCCUCAAAAAUGCCCCCAUUGCUAUGCCGCUAAUUUGGCACCUUGUGAUGUGAAUGCCAGGGGAGAAGGUUGGGAUAGUUUGAUUGCAGAGAGAAUGGGGAAUGUGGGCUAUACAUUUAACCGUACUGUUUGGAGGAAGAUCCAUAAGAAGACCAACAAAUUCUGUUUCUUUGAUGAUUACAAUUGGGAUAUAACAAUGUGGGCAACGGUCUAUCCCUCAUUUGGUAAUCCUGUUUUCACGUUACGAGGGCCUAGGACAAGCGCAGUGCACUUCGGAAAGUGUGGUUUGCACCAGGGCCAGGAGGGUGAGAAAGCAUGCAUUGAUAAUGGCGUGGUGAACUUUCAAGUGGAGGAUGUAGACAAGGUUGCAAACAUCAAUUCAGACUGGGAAGUGCGAGUCUUUGAGAAUCAGCCCGGGUAUAAAGCUGGGUUCAAGGGUUGGGGAGGCUGGGGGGACAAGCGAGACCAUCAGUUGUGCUUGAAUUUUGCUCAGAUGUAUCAUUUAUAGAUAAUACACAUUGAUUCUUCUCCAUCUUAUUCCUCCAAACUGUUGUAACCAGUAAGAUCUGGAUUUCUUUUUGUUGAGUGAUUGAUCAAUGACAUAAGUAGCUGUUAGAUGAUUGUAUUAUCUUACUCAUGUUUUCAUUUGUUUCUAUAUAAUCUUGCAAUCAUAUUUUACAAGCUUCA